AUGAUCCUCCAUCGGCGGAUCUCCGAGCGCAGGGGAAGAUGCUUGCUUGGACUUGCCGUGUUGCCCUUCCUGCCGGCCCUGGUAAGAGACAUGGCUCUCAGCUGUUCCUCCGUGGGCCUGCAGAGGUUAAUGCUGCCAACAGCUGUGACAGCAGACCGUACCUACCUGUUACUCUGCACCCGUGGGCUUGAAGACCAGGCAGAAGCUCUUCUGCGCAAGGCCCUUCAUCGCGAUGUCCCAACUUGGCGCAUACCGCCACCACACCAAGCGCCCCGUGUCAGCGAAGGACAUGCAGCGGUGGGGAAGCUGAUUGUUGGACUCAAGGACGGCGAAGAUCUCCCACCUGAAGGCCUUCCUGGAAUCAUCCACACCUAUGCUUUGGUCGAUGCUGCCACAAAUCUGUCCGAUGACAAGGAAGCUGCCCUGGAGCAGCUCUGCACAUGGGUCUCAGGCCUGAGCUCGGAGUUUGUCCGAGCACUGCGGCUCACGCCCGCAAGCGCCGACCGUGAGCCGACCUUCCGCGCCUCGGUGGUGCGGGAUGGAGACCACGGGUUCACCUCCGAGGAGGCCAUGCCGGCCGUCGGCUCCGGAGUCUGCGCGACCAUGCCAUGGAAGGCUGACAUGAAGACGUACGACAUCGAAGUCACGGCCAUCAUUCAUCGCGAGGCGGUGGUUCUGGGCCUGUCAUGCGCCAAGCUCGGCAAGUCGCGACGAGGUGCGACACAGCCAUCGAAGCUGCCGCGCGAGCAGCGGCCAUGGCAUCUGUCUGAUACCCGGCACCUUCGCUUCUCCACGGCGCGGCUACUGCUGGAGCUGGCGGCAGUGACGUCAGGCGAUCGGCUGCUGGACUUAUGCGGCGGCAUGGGCACCAUCGCGCUCGAGGCAGCUUGCUGCUUCGCGGACAUCCGCGCGGUGUCUGCAGAUGUGAGCAAGAGGGCAUGCCGGCGAGCUGCCGCGAACACCGGCGUCGCCGUGGACCUGAAGCUCCUGGCGGCGGGUUCCUCCGUGGAGGUGUUGGAAAGGCAUGUGGCAGAGUGGGCACAAUCCUCGUGCGAGUUUGACGUGGUGGUCUCAGAGCUGCCUUUCGGCGUGAGCAUCUCCAUUCUGGACUCGGAUGUGCUUCUCGCUGCGCUGCAGCGUGUGGUCUGCCCAGGUGGCCGGGUGGUGCUUGUCGCCCCUUGUUCCGAAGCCCCACGCAUCGAGCGCCACACCCUCGGCGAUGAUUGGUGCGACUACCGGCGCAGCGAUGGAAAUGUGGGUGGCACUUCUGUUCACAUCCUGUUCUUCAGGCGCUCAGACGGGAAGGACACAAAAAGAGGCCGAGCUGUGCUUCGGGUUUGCAUGGGCAUUUGCAUAAUGUGA